CGGAAAGCAUGAAGACAAACGGAAAGAAGGUAUGUGUGAUAGGUGGAAGUGGAUUUAUGGCCUCCCUCUUCAUAAAUAAAAUGCUUCAAAAGGGUUACGCCGUCAAUACCACAGUUAGGGAUCCAGGUAAUCCAAAUAAAAUAUCUCACCUUUUGGAACUGCAAAGUUUGGGAAAAUUGGAGAUCUUUGGGGCAGAUUUAAGAAAUGGAGGAGAUUUUGAUGCUCCUAUAUCUGGCUGUGAACUUGUAUUCCAAUUUGCUACCCCUGCCAACUUUGCUUCUGAAGAUCCUGAGAAUGACAUGAUCAAACCAGCAAUCUUAGGCGUAUUGAAUGUGUUGAAAGCAUGUGCUAGAGCAAAAGAAGUCAAACGAGUCAUCUUAACAUCUUCAACUGCUGCAGUAACCAUUAACAAUGGGACAGAUUUAGUCAUGGAUGAAAGCAAUUGGACAGAUGUUGAGUACUUGAGGACUGCAAAACCGCAUGGUUGGGGAUAUCCUGCCUCUAAAGCACUGGAAGAGAAAGCUGCAUGGAAAUUUGCUGAAGAAAAUCAUAUUGAUCUGAUCACUGUGAUACCUACUCUCACAACUGGUCCUUCUAUCACUCAAGACAUCCCCACCAGUGUUGUGUUGGCUACGUCCCUUAUAACAGGGAAUGAUUUCUUCCUUAAGGCUUUCAAAGAUAUUCAAUUGCUGUCAGGUUCAAUAUCUAUCACACAUGUGGAGGAUAUCUGCCGUGCGCAUGUGUUUUUGGCAGAGAAAGAAUCAGCUUCUGGCAGAUACAUUGUCUGUGCUCAUAAUACCAGCAUUCCUGAACUUGCAAAGUUUCUAAGAAAAAGAUACCCUCAGUGCCAAAUUCCAACCGAAUUCGAUGAGAUGCCCUCCAAGGCAAAGUUUGUCAUAUCUUCAGAGAAGCUUGUAAAAGAAGGGUUCAGAUUCAAGCAUGGAAUUGAAGAAAUUUUUGAACAUAGUUUGGACUACUUAGGCAGUAAGGGGGCACUCAAAAACUAAAUUUUGAUCAUUUUGAUGUUCAUUCUAGUUAAGUACGACUCAGUUAUAGCAAUCAGUGUGUAAAUCCUAUCUUUUUUAUUUAAGUCAUUGUCAGUACAAUAGUUUUAUAGCUA